CAGUGGUAGUCGAUGGAAAUAGUCGGGGGUAUGCUUAAAGCUGGGCAGUGCGAAGACAAUUAUUGAGUAGACUGAUUGAUUGGGGAGUUGUUGUAGUCAUUGUGUUCCAGGUCUCGAGUUGAAACAGUUCAUUUUUUAAAGGUUUAGACAGAAUCGAAAUGCUUGCCCGUAAGACAGUCUUUUUUGCGGUCUUCGCGUUUGUAUUCGUCGCCAAGUUUCAUUUAGGGCAAUCGUUGCAGUGUGUCGUUUGCACUUCGUUGACUGAUGAGGAUUGUGCGGCGAAACCAGACAAUUUUAAGUCAGAUGUGUGCUCUGUAUUAACUACACCAGCACCACCAGUUACUGACGUGCCUGAAAGUACAAUUACAACAAUAUCAACUUCUGAAAGUGCGACUUCAUCACCAGAUGUAACAACCACUGAAGGUACAACUUUAUCGUCAGUUGAAACAACUACCGAAAGCGCAACUUCAUCGACAGAUGCAAUAACUAGUGCAGAUCCAACUACAUCGACAGAUGCAAUAACUAGUGCAAGUCCAACUACAUCGUCAGAUGGAUUAACAAGCACGAGUACAAGUUCAUCGUCAGAUGGAUCAACUAACCCACGUGCAACUACAUCGUCAGCAGGAUCAACUAGCGCAAGUACAAGUUCAUCGUCAGAUGGAUCAACUAGCGCAAGCACAAGUUCAUCGUCAGUUGGAUCAACUAGCGUAAGUACAAGUUCAUCGUCAGAUGGAUCAACUAACCCAAGUGCAACUACAUCGUCAGCAGGAUCAACUAGCGUAAGUACAAGUUCAUCGUCAGAUGGAUCAACUAACCCAAGUGCAACUACAUCGUCAGCAGGAUCAACUAGCGCAAGUACAAGUUCAUCGUCAGCUGGAUCAACUAGCGCAAGUGCAACUCCAUCGUCAGCUGGAUCAACUAGCGCGAGUACAAGUUCAUCGUCAGCUGAAACCAGCCUUGAAGAUUCAACUCUACCAUCAAGUAUAUCAAGCACCGAAAGUUCAACAUCAUCAUCGGAUCAAUCGACUAUCCCAAGUUCGACAGACACAUCAGACACCGACACUACAAGUUUACCAGAUAUAACAACUACAUCAGAUAAUCUUGCCGAAGAAAGCACUGCCUUUUCCGACAGACGAAGAAUGCGUUUCGGGUAUCAAGUCGUUUCAGCGCGGGCGGCGGAAAGUCAGAGCUGCUACAAGAUCAUUUACAAGAAGGAUGAUAAGGAAGUAGUGGAGCGUGGAUGCGCUCAACCAUCUGAAGGGUGUGAUCAAUUGAAAACUGGCAAAGACGGCGUCACAUACUGUGAUACAUGUGACAUGGACGGCUGCAAUUCGUCUUCAAUGAUUACCUACAGUCUGACACCAAUGCUGUUACUACUCGGAGUAACUUUCUACUUGACACGAUAGAGCCUCUUAAUACCCGAGGUUCAAUGAAUUUUCAUGAACAUUUUCUAUCCCUCGUGAAAAAAAAAUUAAAACAUCAACAUGUGUAUUUUUUUUAAUGAAUUGAAUGAAAUAAAAUCAACAAAAUUAAGAGUUAUGUGUAGUUGGUACAUUCAGAAAAGGGUAACAAGUGAAAAUACAUUUACAAAUGCACUAAUUACAACGAUAUUUCUCGGAGUCAUUAUCCGGAAACAAUGGAGUACGUCUAGAGUUAACGAAUGAGCUGAAUGUUGAGUGUCAACCGCGAUUGUUCGCAACCGCUCGAUUGUAGAGAGCUGUCAGAUGGGUACUAGGAACGGGACGUUUCGCACAGUAAAAGAGACAACACUUAUACUUGUCCCAGCAGUUUUUUUCGCCUCUCUCAGGAAAAAAGGAGGAUAACGAAGGAAGAUAAAAAUAACACGAGGAAACAAAAAAAUUGUUAUGCGUUUGCAGGAAAAGAUGGGACAAGUGCGCGGCAGCAAAUAGAAUUUCAACGCGGAAUUGAAGAGUUCUGUAAUUUCUGGAUUUUAUGGAGAUUACAUGAUUGGGAGGAACUUGUUUUUCAGAUUAUUUUUUCAGAUGGAUGAAUUUUCCUUGGGUAAUGCGCAUUUUACAUCAAUUAUUCAAUUAUUCGGGUGAUGGAGUGAAUUUAAAAGGCUUUUUCUGUUGACAUUUGCGUCUGAUAUCACUGGUUUUACGAUACACAUAUGAAAAUUUGGGAGAAUUGUAUUGUAAUUUGGGGGUUUCUGUUGUUCGCCAAUUUUGAUUUAUAAUUCUGGCGAGUUUUUUUUUAUUUGAAAAUCUUAUCGCAAACUAUUUAACUUGCAAAAGCAUGAGAACUUAAUGUACUUGAAAAGUAUGGAAGGAAUUGAAGAGUUCACUGUUAGAAAUGUUUUGAAAUUUAAAGUUUUGAGUAGAAUUCACAGAAAUUCAUGAGUUUUCAGU